GAAAGGUGGAGGCGGCGGAGGCUCCGGGGGCCCGGCGGCUCCCCGUCGCCCUGGGGCCGGCUCUGCGCGGGACUCCCCCCUGCUCCAAGGCCAGCCCUCCCCUAUGCUGUGGGUGCUGCUGGGCGAGAGCGGCCGCGACGGGGCCUCCGAAGCCGAGACGCCGCCGCCGGACGCCGAACGGAGCCUUGGGCUCCUCAUCCGGAGGAGAAGCGGGACAUGUAUGCAAAGAAGAGUCGCAAGAGGCCUUAAGGGCCAAGUCCAGACCAUUUUAUCUGUAAAUAGACCUGCUGGAAUGUCCACAUGCCGCUAAAUUUAUUCCCAGAAUAUAGGCAGCCCAAUCCAAAGGACUUGAGUGGGCGAGCAACACCAGCGUCCAAGCCCGGGAAGGCAUGGCUGCUGCUGAGAGCACCUGCACCACCGUUCCUCUAACAACCCUGCCAGCACCCGACAGUGGCUACGCCGCCUCCCUGACAGAGGAAUAUAUAGUUGGCUUUGUGUGUAUCGCAAAUGAAACCCAGCCUCAGAAGCAGCCAACACGAUGCUGUGGUGUGCACGUUCCAGGCAGUUUUAGAAGUGAGACCAAUUUAAGGGUAUCUGGCUAGAAGGUGAACGUGAUGACGGCCUGGUCUAUGGUGGAAAGGCUGAAAAUGGAGAAGAGGCAUUGCCCAGAAGAGAAGCCUCUAGAGCAAGAUGGCAGGGAUUGCAGUGCUGAGUCUGAAGAAUGGACAAGCUCCGAAAGUGAGCCGGAGCAGCCUUGCUUCAAGAAGAGCUGCAGCAACUCUCAGUGGAGGGAGAAAGAGAUUUCCCACAAACCCCAUCGGCAACUCUGCCGCUCUCCCUGCUUGGAUCGUCCCAGUUUUUCGCAGAGCAGCCUCCUUCAGGAUUUGAAGUUGGGAGAAAAUAAAGCCAACUUGAAUAAGGAGUAUCAAGCUAAAAUUGAUUUUGCUUUAAAGCUGGGGUAUGCCGGAGAUCAAAUUCAAGCUGUGUUGAACAAGCUGGGAGCCGAUGCUCUCAUCAAUGACAUUUUAGCUGAAUUGGUGAGACUUGGAAACAAGGCUGAGAAUGAAGGACAAGCCAGUACCGGAAGUACUGCUGGAAACACUGGUCCCACUACAAAGGAGGUGGCUAGCCCUGAACUGUCUUUGGAAGAUGAAGUAGUGGACAGCUCAGACAAUUUGAGGCCAGUUGUCAUUGAUGGAAGUAACGUGGCAAUGAGUCAUGGGAAUAAAGAAGGAUUUUCCUGUCGAGGGAUUCAGCUAGCUGUUGACUGGUUUCUGGAAAAAGGUCACAAAGAUAUUACGGUAUUUGUGCCUGCGUGGAGAAAAGAGCAAUCUCGACCAGAUGCACCAAUUACAGAUCAAGAAAUUUUACACAAGCUGGAGAAGGAAAAAAUCCUUGUCUUCACACCGUCUCGGCGAGUUCAAGGCAGAAGGGUAGUCUGCUAUGAUGACCGCUUCAUAGUGAAACUGGCUUAUGACUCUGAUGGCAUCAUUGUGUCAAAUGACAAUUACCGCGACCUUCAAAAUGAAAAGCCAGAAUGGAAGAAAUUCAUUGAGGAACGGCUGCUGAUGUAUUCUUUUGUGAAUGACAAGUUUAUGCCUCCUGAUGACCCAUUAGGACGCCAUGGCCCCAGCCUUGAAAAUUUCUUAAGAAAAAAGCCUGUGAUUCCAGAACACAAAAAGCAACCAUGUCCCUAUGGGAAAAAAUGCACCUAUGGACACAAAUGCAAAUAUUACCACCCUGAACGAGCAAACCAGCCCCUGAGAUCCGUAGCAGACGAGCUUCGCAUCAGUGCCAAAUUAUCUGCUGUGAAAACUAUGAGUGAAGGAGCUUUGGCUAAAUGUGGCACUGGUACCUCUCUUUCCAAAGGUGAAAUCAGUUCAGAAGUGAAGCGCAUUGCUCCCAAGCGUCAGUCAGAUCCAAGCAUUCGUUCUGUGGCUGUGGAACCUGAAGAGAGGCUGUUGAUGACUCGGAAGUCAGAGGCCAGCUCUGUUCCUUCCCUUGUUUCUGCAUUGAGUGUACCAACCAUUCCACCUGCCAAAAGCCACCCCGUUGGGGCAUUAAAUACCCGGUCAGCAAGUAGCCCUGUACCAGGGUCAUCUCAGUUCACCCAUCAAAAGUCCUCGCUGGAACACAUGGCCAGUGUCCAGUAUCCUCCCAUUCUGGUCACGAAUAGCCAUGGUACUUCAAUCAACUACACAGAACAGUACCCAAAAUAUGAGUCUUUAGGAGAUCAUGGCUAUUAUUCCAUGCUCAGUGACUUCUCCAAUUUGAGCAUUAGCAGCAUGCAUAACACAGAUUAUUACAGAUCUGAAAUAGACCAAGUUAUUUACUCAAGGAAUUCUAGCCCUUGUCCAGACAGUUGCUUAAGCCAUACGAGUAACGAUUCUUAUUCUUCUUACUCGGAUUUGUAUCUGGGUGUAGGAGAUGCAAGUCCAGAAGACAGUGUCAAGGUUCAUCGACUUCCCCCACAAAGUCAUCUUCAGCCAUUCUCUCAUGGUUACCACGAGACCUUAACUAGAGUUCAGAGCUAUGGUACCGAAGGAUCAAAACAUCUUCCACGCAAACAUUCAGCUUCCCAUUUAGCACUGCAUGUCCAACACCCAGUCAUUGGCGCACGGUCCAGUUGCCCAGGAGACUACCCUGUGCCCCAGAAUGUUCACCCAUCAGCCACUGCCCAGCCAAGCCGUGCCCUUGUUAUGACGAGAAUGGACAGCAUUUCUGAUUCUCGACUUUAUGAAAGUAAUCCCACUCGACAAAAAAGGCCACCCCUCUGUCGAGAACAGCAUGCCAGUUGGGACCCAUUACCAUGUGCAGCUGAUGCCUAUGCUUACCAUUCCUACCCACUGAGCAACAACCUCAUGCAACCAUGUUAUGAGCCUGUAAUGGUGAGAAGUAUGCCCGAGAAGAUGGAACAGCUCUGGAGGAAUCCUUGGGCUGGAGUCUGUGCAGAGUCUCAAGAGCCACACAUUAUCCCAGAGCAUCAGUAUCAAACGUAUAAAAAUCUCUGCAAUAUUUUUCCUGCUAGUGUUGUCCUCUCUGUAAUGGAGAAGAAUCCCCACAUGACAGAUGCACAGCAGUUGGCAGCUAUGAUUGUUGCCAAAUUGAGAACGGGGCGUUAAAAUAGUAUGUUUGGAGCUUCUCUUUGAAUUUGGAAAAAUAUAUAGUGAACACAUCGUGCAAUUAUUCUGAAUGAGAUCUCCACAAUCCAAAAGAUAUUCUCAAUUUGUAAAUAUUUUCUAACUGCAGUAUACAAUUCUGUAUAUUGUUGUAGCAAUUAUAUUUAAUAUACGUGAAGCAUUCUGUAAAAGCAGAUUGUGUUAUAAAUAGAAGUAUUUAAAAUUUUUAAAGCGGGGAUUUUUAAAAAGGCAUUUUACAGGAAGUGCAUACCUUCUGCAUGGAUGUAUCAUUCUUGAAUUCAAAAGGUCAGAUGUUAGUAUGUCUGAGACAGAUCAUUCAAAGCUAUUAGCAAUUAUAUUGCAUGAGUCAGUGAACAGUUUCAGUAUUAACGACCAUGUUGCUGCAUAGCAAAUUGGACUUUUAAAAUAAGCUCUGUGCACUUGAAAAAUCCUCAUAGAAAGGUGUUUGGCCUAUCAGGCAUCCAUCUUCAAAAGAGCUGUAACUACACAAGCCCAGGUCAGUUGACCGAAUGUGCCCACAAGAGUGCUGGCGCACGAAUCCACAGGCUCCAAUGUGCAUCGAUGCUUUGGGGUAGGAGUCAUCCAGGUCAGUUUUUUGAUUGGGAAAAUCUGCUUUGUGCAUAGGGGGGAUUUUAUUUUACUCACAAGAGCUGUUGCCUCAUCUUAGAAAGAAUGAAGGAGCAGUUAAUGUGCAUAUAGGGACAUACUAUCUGCAUUGGAUCUUCUGGAGAGUCUUGGCUGGUGCUCUCUGGGGCUGGAAGAGUCAUGGCAAAUAGCAGGUAAAAAGAUCCUCGGCUGUCUUUUCACAUAUGAAAAUUUCCCCUUUUAAUGUUAUGGAUUGAAUUUCUGAUCUCUUGAUCCUACCCAUUCUAGAUGAAGAUUCAACUACAAAUCAGAAAUUGGUGAAGUUUAAAUUCUGUUUUCUUGCCAAAAGAUUUUGGUGUCUUGACCACAAACAUACCAAGAAAUUUCCUUGUGCCUAAUGGAUGCUAAUAUGUGAAUAAGCAAAUUAGGUGUCUCCUCCUCAAAAUCGCAGCCUGUUUUGGUUGAUGUUGCAAAGCAGGCUCAUCUGGAAACAUAAGCUGCCAGAUUGUUUCAGUUUUGCACUUUAAAUCCAUGCAAAAGUGUGCAUGUACUUCCUGGAACUCUUUUUGAUAGGCCAAAAAUAUCAGUCUGUGGGGUGGCAAUGUUUGUGCCAACUAGUGUUUGGCUCAGGGGUGGGCAACUUUGUAGCUGAAUGUCUCCCCGAGAGGCAUUAAUGGCGGUGGUGGCUUUUUUGUUUUUCUUUUCCAAGGCUGCACUGACUGGACACCCUUUUUAAAUCCACAUAUAUUUCAGCAUUUUGAACCACUACUAACUCGACAUGUCUCGAGCUAGGACUUGUUGACUUCUACUGUAGUUUUUUUUCAUGAAAGUUGAGAAGGCCUGGUUUUAUGGCCUUUUGUUUCUUCAUGAGAAGGUGUGACACUGCCUAAAUGUUUCUUACUAUGAAACACACGGAACGUGAGGCUGCAGUCAGGGUUGUUUCUGGUGUUUUGAUAAUGGCUUGCAUGCUGCUUUUCUGGUUAUUCGUUAAUCCCAGGGCAAAAGGAAACAGAAACCAUAAACGAGAUUUUAUCAUGUACUUGAAUGGAUUACUUUGAGGCUCAAUUUGUCUGAAGGCUCAUUUCUGUCUUGUGCCAACGGAGUAUGCUUUGGGUGGUUCUGCGGAGGACUGAUGUGCUGAAAGUUGGGCAUUCAACCUGUUACAAUCAGUAUGUGGUGAUAAUUCCAAAUGUGCAAGUGGUCUGGGCUAGAUCCUUGUGGAUCUGUGCUGCUAAGUGCUCCCCCCUGCAGAGAGCUUUCUUUGAGUCUCUCGUGUUAAGGGAACUCCCCUUGCAUCUGGGGAAAGCACCACCAUUAGUGGAAUGGAUCAGCAGGAUUCACCCCCCAUUUGGCUGCGCUGUUUGGGCAGAAUUUGGCCUCUGCCUGGUCGCCCAAUGUCAAAACAAAAAGGAGAACUUUGCCAGCCUGCUGUGUUUGUGGUUGAUAGAGUGUGCGGGAAAAGGCUGUCUGGACAUGUCCUCUUAAAUUCAAUCAAGGAUGACAUCACUUCAGCCACAAACAGUCAGCUAGUUCAGGGGGCUCUGGUGGCCAUUUCAGGAUGACCAGCUCAAUUUAAAAUGGAUACUAGGUUUGCUCCAGUCAUACAAAUUAUUGGGGGGACCACCAUGACCACUCCUAAAUGUUUUAUGCUGUGGCAGAAGUGUGCUGCUGGUGUUCAAAUCUGUGUCAAAACCAUGGGUUGUUGAUUUAACACUUGAGCUGCUGGAGGAUGGUAUGCCUCAUUGAGGGUAGUCCCCCACUGUUGUAUCCCGUCUUUAAGUAAUGCUCAGUGGUGGCACCAAUUUGGCCCAGUGCUUGAAAUUGUACAUCAUCACCACACAGUAACUUGCAUUUAAAUCUGGAUUGGGAAAAAAAAACUUAGGGUCAGAUUUCUCAACCAUCUUGUCGAACUAUAAUCUCUUUAUUGUUCGUUACUUUCUACUUAAAGCAGCUGAGAGCAAUGCCUCAAAUAACCAGAAAUGACCUUUUGUUUGUUGAUACAAAUUGUAUCUCUUUCUUGAUUGUAUAAAAUAAAUGUACAAAAGCCAUCUCUAGAUUAGCUUCAAUAUUGUACUUUCAUCACUAUGUUUGUGACACUGUGUGUCACACAGAAGUAGCCCAUGGAGGAUUAUGAAUCUUUUUAUUUAAAAUGGGCACUUAACAGUUUCUAGCAGAACAAAGACAACUUUUCAAAUCCACUUUAUUAUUAUAAUGUGCACAAAGUGUGUAUGCUUAAGGGCACUAUGCUGCAUAAGUUAUCUUACGUCUAUUUAUUAAAUGAAUGCGUUCUUGCAAUGGAUUUGUUUUUGUAAAAUAUAUAUCGGUGUUAAUAAGGUAGAUGUUCAUAUUUAUAUCCAGAGCUAUUAACAGUAAAACUGCUUUACAUCCAGCUUUUGUUCUCAACAGAGAAUUGCUGCAGUAUGAUUUAGGUUCAGUAUGAGAAUUGUUCACCCACACCCUCUUGCAUGGAUUUCUGUUUUCAUAUGUAUGAAAACAGAUGUUCCUAUUUUAUUCUUAUUUUAAGGUAAUCUGUUGCAAGCAAUUUGGAGAAGUCAAUCAGCAGGCCAAGUGCAUGAGGAUAUUUUAUUGUAACUGUCUUGUUAUUUUGUUCUUAUAUACUGAGAAUUUUAAAGCCUUUUGCUUUGGAGAGGUAGUAGCAUUCCAGAACUGUAUCAGGAAGGACCCCCAUCUCCCUAAAACGGUCUCCCCAAUAUUUUUUUUUCUGCACAAGAUUCUGCAUUACAGGAUGGGGAGAAUGAAGCACUCUAGGAGCCUGCAAAUUUCUGGCUGUUCUUUAUUUUUCUUCAAGAAACCUUUAUGCCUGGUUCUGUUGUGUGUCUUGAUCCACUUCUGUUAACCUUUUCUCUCCUAAGAAUUUCUUGUGCCAGUUCAAACAUGCUGACAUUUCACUGCCUUCAUCUCUUAAUGCAGAAUUUCUUCUACUGUAGAAGGGAUGAUAUAAAAAGUCACUUUUACCAGUAUGUAAAUACUAGACUUUGCUUUAAAAUGCUCUUUUUGAGAGUACAGUAUUCAAUUUAAUUGUGUAACAAACUGCUUCAGAAUAUAUACCUAUGUUAAUGUUAAAAUGGCCCAGUGGAGACCAAGUAACAGUUAUCCCUUGUCAAAUAUGAAUUUGAAUUUUGAUUUUCUGUAAUUUAUUAUUGAAAGUGCUUACAUUUACAGUUUGCUAGGUAACUGAGUUGUGUCUAGAAAACUCCAAAAGGUAUUUUUAAAAAUGUGGUGCUUUUUGUAAAUAGUAAUUGUUUCCUUGUAUUGUUUUUGCUUGUCCAUGUUAUUUGACUACUGUUACUCGUGUUGAUGUAUUAUUGAGCUACAGUAGUUUGCUUUUCUCAUUUGUAGAAUUAAACAUUACUGUUUAAUUGUUGUAAAAAAUUUAUAAGAUCUUUGGGUUUUUGGUUGACCCAAAUAUAAUGUAAGUCUCAAUGACAAAGAGUGAAGAUGGACUUUUAAAGCCAAUUGACCUGAUCCAGUAAGAGUGAGGCAUGCAUAGAAGCUGGUUUCUGUGCAUGCAGCAGCAUCAGAGGGUGUGAGUCUUGAGAUGCUCAUUCAAAGCUUAUUGAACUGGCUGGAUGUGCACCACCACCUACGGCCACUCUUGGUAAUGCACAGCUGGAGCAGGGUCAAGGCCAGCAUGUGGUAUCUCUGUGGUCAGUAUACUAUUUUUGUGCAACACUUUAUUUACAGAUGCAUGCUUGAGGCAUCCACUGGUAUGGGCAUGCAUGCUGGGUUUUUUUCUACGAAGUGUUUUAUAAGUUAAGUGGUUGAGAUUAUCAAAAUGUCAUCUUGGUAAGGAAUAGAAACCAGUUUCUCUUCCCAGUGAAAAUCUAUGCCUUUGGAGGGAUCUGAAGAUGACAGCCAGUUGUAGAUGUUUCCCUGUUAUACCUCCUGUGUUAUGUAAGCAUUCUUCAGCAAAUUUCUUCUGGAUAGGACACCUCAGCAACUCUGGUACCACUGAGAAGAGACUAAACAAUACUGGAUGUGAGCAGACCAAAUUUUCCAUCAGCUGUGUCUGUCCCACAGGUUAUCUUGGUAGAAAUCAGAACCAGUGGUUGGGAACUCUGCCUUAGAACAGGGAAGUGGUUAGGGCUUAGAAAACUCAUCAGAGACAUGUAACUAUGUUUUGAAGUGCUGCAUAAUUGCUUAGAACUGGCACAUGUACUGAACUGCUGAACGUUGAAGGGUUCAGAGCAUUAACUUUGCUUUGGCAGACAACUAGCCAAAGGGAUCAGUCCACCAGACCACUGCUGCUGAGUGAAUCCUCCAGGUUGGGGGUUCAGCUGGAACAAAUUUCCCUGAAAAUAAUGGUGCCUGUCCAUUUGUUGGGCAGGUCCUAGUUACUGUGCACGGCACCUUGAAGUAGAGCAUUCCUUUUCCAUAGGGCUGCUAUUUUGUACACGCAUGAACGUUCAGGUUCAAUUCUGUAGUUAGUUCAGGCUGAAAGAAUGCAAGUGCUUAUUCACGUACAAAGCUGUUUAAUGUGGCUCAGUCUUACUUUGUAUUUAGGGUCCACAAUUUAGUGAAUGAUGCAUUCAAAGAAGUUUCUCUACUAAUGCAUCCCAAGGGUUGUUACAGGAAUGAUAAUCCUAUUUCCCUCACCAUUCCUUGUUGUAAUUCUGAAUACUGUAUACCAGGUUUAUGUAGCUGUUUUAUAUCCCAGUAUUUAUAUAAAGGUAUUCAAUAAAAUGAGUUGCUUGCAUCACCA